AUGACAGUUAGUUUUGUGGUUUUCAUUCUAUCCCAGGAAUCUUUAUCAAAAAGUUGGACAAUUUUCUCAGGAAAACAUGAACUCGGAUGGGAAAACUUUUUGUUUAAUAUUAACCUCUGGGGACAGAAAGAAAAAACGGCUGUGGCUGAGACUCCAAUGCCUCUCCUCUACAGAAGAAAUUUCACAAAGGCUCCUCAGUGGGAUUUUGAUGAUGUCUAUAACCAGGAUGCCCCACCUAGACCAACAACAUGUGCCCAAUCACUGCGAAACUCUAAGGAUGAGAACUUCAAGAAGGCUUUUCUUCCCAACAUACGUUUGUUUCUGCACAAGGACAACAUUAACAUGAGCGAGUGGAAUCGCCUUUCACAUUUUAACAAUCCUUUUGGGUUUAUGGAGUGCAAAUAUGAUGAAGUGAUGGCUUCAGUGAAGCUGAUUCCAAAGCCAAAAGAGCCACUACUCCUCCCAAAACCAGGUGCCGAUGGCUGUAUUCACUGUGCUGUGGUGGGUACUGCAGGAAUUUUGAACGGCUCAAAAGUGGGUGCAGAGAUCGAUGCACAUGAUUACGUUUUUCGGAUGAACGGUGCCGUUAUCAAAGGUUAUGAGGAAGAUGUAGGAAAUAGAACAUCAGUGUAUGUUCACACAGAGCACUCCAUCGCCGCAUCACCUUAUUUUUUUGGGAAGUAUGGAUACAAGUCUGCCCCUCAUGAUGAGGGAAUAAAAUAUGUGCUGAUUCCUGAGGCAAUGAGAGAUUUCCGAUGGCUUGAGGGUCUUUUCAAAGGACAUGAGGGCUAUAGUUGCUACAAAGGUCCCAGGCCAAGGGACUACUAUUCAGGGCAGUACAAUGAGAGCCGCUUCUACGUUCUACACCAGGACUUCCUCCGAUACGUGAAGAACAGGUUCCUAAAGUCACCUAAUCUGAAUGAAACAUUCUGGCCAUUAGUCAGACCAACCAACGGAGCGUUCACUCUCUUCCUGGCUUUGCACACAUGUGAUACA